GCUCCUAUACGACAAAAUUCUAUCAAGAAAACAUGUAAAGUGAGUCGACAUGACCUUAUUUCGAAGAUGGCUCAUUAAAGGCCCAAAAACAAAAUGGCUGGAUGAUGAUCAUGUAUGAAGUUGGCCCAUACCUAUCAUAUUCAUAAUCCAAGAUUUCGACAAUGGGCUAAGCUUCUUACACCUGUAUAGAGAAUCGUACUACCAACCCCCCCUUUCUCGACCCCUUGUUGUGUACGGACUGCAGAGAUAACCUUCUUCGCUCACCUCCUUCACCUAUGUCCCACUUAUAAUCUCUCUCCGGAUUUAAAGGCGAUGGCUGUUUUGCCGGUGAAAUUUACCAAAACCAAACGGGACAAGCUUGCCCAGAUACUAUGGAUUCUCAAUUGGAUAUCAGUUAUAACAGGAGCUAUCCUUUUCAGCCUGGGACUAUUCCUCAAAGUGGAGAUCAACAAGAGGAAAGAGCUGAUGGCAGAGAGGGAUAUCCAGUAUGUACCAAAUAUGCUUAUAGCUGUCGGAUUUAUCGCUUGCGCCAUCAACUUUCUGGGUGGGAAAAUUUGCUACGAUUGCGUGGAUACAAGCAAAUUCCUACGCUGGAAGUUGAUCAUGCUCCCCUACAUCGUGUGUACGUUUUUCUUUACCUCCUGCAUCCUGGUGGGGGCGCUGAUGUGCUAUAGUAUGCGGGGGGAGUUAGAGGAGUCCCUGGACCUCGGGUUGGCAGCGGCUCUGAAGUUCUACAAAGAUACAGACACGCCCGGGCGGUGUUUUCUGAAGAGGACGGUGGACAUGUUGCAGAUAGAGUUUCAGUGUUGUGGGAAUAAUGGGUACAAAGACUGGUCUCAAAUCCAGUGGAUCAGUAACCGCUACCUGGACAUGUCCCACAAGGAGGUGGUGGACCGCCUGAGGAGUAACGUGGAGGGGAAGUACCUGCAGGACGGCGUUCCCUUCAGCUGCUGUAACGUGAACUCUCCGAGGCCGUGCAUUCAGAGCCAGAUCAGCAACAACUCCGCGCACUACAACUACGACCACGUGACCGAGCAGCUCAACCUGUGGCCCCGGGGCUGCAGACACGCGCUGCUCGACCACUAUACGCACAUCAUGCAGUCCAUCGGCCUCACCGUGCUCGUCAUCUGGGUCUUUGAGCUUUCCGUGCUGACAGGAGUGCGUUACCUCCAGACGGCUCUGGAGAACGUACUGAGGCAGGGGGACCCAGACUCAGAGUCUGACGGCUGGCUUCUGGAGAACAGCUUCAUGGAGACGGCUCGGACCAACCUCAACAUCAUCAAGAACCUGGGCAAGUGCAACCAGGUGGACACGGCCAACAACGGAGACCCCAACAUCAAUGUGCCCUGUACCUCCAAAGCUACCUACGGCCCGGACAAUGUGCCACCAAAACAACAGCCAGUGACCAGCUGA